CCUGCUAAGUCACGAGAAUACUUGCAAAUUUGACCAAAACAAACUAGUGAGCAUGGACACCUAAGUAGUGUUUUAGGCGUCGUUCUUCCUCCCCCUUUAACUCCAAUCACCGAUAGUGAAGAUGAGUCCCGGUCUUGGACACGACCCUCUUCCCUCAUACAAUAUCACCGCAUUAGGAAACACAGCCCUGUGCCUAUGGCAGCAACCGCAGCAUAUGUUGUUCCAGCUGGCGAAUUUUUGUUUCGCGUUGUCUUAUUCGGCUCCAUCCUCCAGAAAAGGAAUACUGUUUAUGCACUCCGUCCUGAUAAUUGGGUUCAUGUUGCUUUCUGGUUGGGCAUGGCACGUGAUAUGCGCACCGGAUAUAUUUUCCUGGAACUUCAGUUUCUUGGUGUUGAACAUUGGACAACUCGUUUACAUUGUCUAUCAAAUGAGACCUGUUCGAUUCGAUCCUGAAUUGGAGGAGGUGUACCAUACACUUUUCUACCCCUUUAAAGUGUCUCGGCUGCAAUUUAAAAGACUCGUGUCUCCAGAAUUUGCGUCUAUAAUGUCACUUCAUGCUGGAGAAGCGUACGCCAUGCAAAAUUUAACCCGAACCGACAGAUUAGGCCUGUUACUAAAUGGGAAAGUGAAUGUUCUCAGCGAUUCAAAUUUCUUGCACCCUAUAUUGCCUUGUGAGUUUCUCGAUUCGCCAGAAUUCGAGAGCUCUAGAGCGUCUGUCGAUGAUAAAUUUAAGGUAUCAAUUGUUGCGGCCAGCUCAUGCAGGUACUUAUAUUGGCAAAGAUCUGCGCUGGAAUACCUUCUUGUUAAAGAAGCAUAUCUCGCCACAGUCUUAACGACGCUGGUUGCUAGGGACAUAGCCACCAAACUGUAUGCAAUGAAUAACAAGAUUGUUACAGACAAAGGGUCACAUCUGGACAUCAGACUUCCUAGCAUCAGCGCAGGAUUGAACAUAAGUGGUGAAUACAGAAGUCCAAGAGCGUCCAGGCAGGCGUUGAUCCGUAGAAAAGAUACCUCCAUGUCCACUGAAAAUGGAUCCACCAAUAUGAAAGAUCGUCCAGUGAACAAUCUCUCGAAGAAAGGAGCACCGAAUAUGGAACCCCUGCCAGAAAUGCCCUCCUGCGACGAUCUGGCCUCCAGCGGUGUAGAAAGCUGGCUCGAUUCCUCGAGCAAGUAUCACAGCUGUGAAAUCGUGGACGAAGACUAG